AUGGAGCUUGCCAACGACUGCAUACCUCAGCGGCCUGCACAGUUGUGGGUGUCAGAAAGGCUCUUACAUGAUUCUGAGCAGUUGGCCAUCGCCAGUGCUCUCUUCAUGGGAAUUGCAUUUGCUGGGCUAAUGGUUCCAUCUGUCGAUUGGCUGGAGCGUUCGGAGCAAUACGCUAUGAUUGUCGCUCCCAUAUACGUCACUUUUAUGAGCCUUUCGGGUCUGUCCGCCCUCUGCAGCGUACCUUACCCUAUGCUACCCCGUUUCGUGGCCGAGCUCAAGUCCGGUGGCUAUUGGAUGUUCUUUCGCGAACCAGCCUUCUGGUUCCUCACCAGUGCUACUAGUCUCGUUUGCGGUCUGGCAUGUGGCGCGGCCCUUCUAUAUGGUCUGAAGCAUGCCCUUGUGGCUCUGGUGCUUUUUUUGUUAGUACUAUUUUGCCAGGCGUACAUUUGGAUCUGGUGGCCAAGGAUGUUGAGGUCCCAUCAGGAGGAGAUGCUCGCGGAGGUUCGAGAACGCGAAUUCGCCCGCUCCCAGAGGAGGUUCAAAACGAGCCGCAGUUCAGCUAGUACGGAUAUGGGCGCAAGGACGUUCAACAGUUAUCGUGACGAGGGUCUUAGCGGCGAAUUCGGUUCCGUGAUGGGGAUGGUUUGA